UUCUCAUACUGAUCGUCACCUCUGUGAUCGCGGAUUUCCCAAAUUUCAACUGGAAACAGAUGCUCGAUUCGUCACAAGAAUCAGGAGGCCGCCUUGACAACGCCUUAUCGUAUCUGCGCCAGCGGUUGGACACCGGAUCAAAUCAGUCAUCCUUCAUCGACAACCAGCUCAAAAAGUUCGGAUUCAACAAUCAACCAACCCGUCCACCGGUGAUCGCCAUUCCGGAGCAGUUCGACGCUCGCCGUCAAUGGCCCAGUUGCCCAUCGAUUGGAAAGGUGCAUAAUCAAGGAUGCUGCAGCUCGGACUACGCCUUCGCUGUUACCUCUAUGCUAACCGAUAGGUCGUGUACAUAUUCCAACGGUAGUGUUACAAGAACCUUCAGUGCUUAUGAUCCGUUGACCUGUUGCGAUGAUUGCGUGUUGUUCAGGAAGGAUCCCUGUGCCGGAGGUUAUGUGUCGAAAGUGCUUCAGUACGCCCGAAAGGUCGGCAUCGUCGAAGAGGACUGCCUACCGUAUUCGCCAGGAUCUAUCUGUUCGGGUGAUGAUCUGACGUGUCCACGGAUGUGCAAAACUGUAGGGAAAUACGUGGCGGAUAAUAGGCGAACCGCGACAAAGGUGAUUGCUUUGGAUGCAGUUGUGAAUAACAUAAAGUACGAAAUUAUGGAGAAUGGACCCGUGGUGGCAAGUUUCAAGCUAUGUGAAGACUACCUCAAAUACGGUAGCGGUGAGGGUGUCUACGUCGGCAAGGCAGAACGAUGCGUUGGCAUUCACAACUUCAAGGUCAUUGGUUGGGGUCAGGAGGAAGGCAUGGACUACUGGUUGGCGGUUGAUUCCUUGGGAGAAGACUGGGGAAAAUCCGGGGCUGUCAAGUUUCGAAUGAACCAGUUGGAAGUGGAGAAACACAUGUAUGCAGUUGUUCCUAAGAUUUAGUUUGAAAUGUGUUAUGUUUUAUUUGAAUUAAUUUUUAAU